AGAAUAUGACUCCCACCUAGAGCCGGCGAGAUAGCGCACGUGCAUACAUCAACGAGGUAGAUGUACGAGCUCCGGACAAGGUAAAGAAUCGAGUAGUGGCUUCCUUUUAUCAGUCAAGCCGAACCGUGCGCGCCACGCGGACCCCCCUGUCGCGCGCUCUGAAAAUCAAAGAAGAACAAUUGUUCGGCUUUUCUCAUCACGGCAUAAUGUCUGCUGCUUUAACAACGCUGAAGUUUCUUUAAAUUUCUCUGAGGGCGCUCUAAACAAGUCAGGUGGAAGGGAGUGUGUAGUAUUUCGAAAGACGUGAACAGAAAAACCAGAAUCGAAGCUGUUCAAGCUGCUGGUACAUUGUCGUCAUUAUUCUUAGUGAAAUCUUCCGAGACGAAGGCCCUAACGGUGAAGUCUAACACGCUGGCGCAGAUUCAACUUUCUGUUAGAUCAAAGAUUGCGGAAACAGGUCGAUCCGACGUAAGACUGUCGCAGGUCGAUCCUAAGGUCUGUCAAGCGAAACAUUGCAACAUCGUACAUCAGCGAAUUCGAUAUGGUCGGUUUGCCGGACUCGAAGACUGAGCCGAUGUUGCUGAACGGCACUGAUAUUACGCCGUACAGCAGCAACGCAACCAACAAUGAAAAUCUGACGGACGACACCGCAAGGAUUAGAGAUCAGGCUUUUGCUCUACCUCGUCUUGUGAGGCCUGGUAGCAAUAGCAACAACAACAACAGUUACACGCUGAAAUUCGACGUGCUCGAUGACAAGAAGGUGAACGCGGACAAUAUCAAUGCAGAACCUGUUGUCGUGAAAAAAGUCGCCGCUGGUCUGAUGCAUUCCAACAAUCAGACCAAGAAGGACAAAAGCAUGACCGGCGGCGAUGGUGGAAACGGUUCUCUCUCCAGCGGAAGUUCCUUGGCAACGAUUGCGUCCAUUGCCAUCACAGAUCCCGAUCCGAAUUAUCACCACAACGAUUUAGGUGGAUCUGGAAACGAAAAGAACAUCAGGAACGAAAAAUGGUACCACACGAUUCUACAGGUGUCGGUGCCUUUCUUCAUUGCCGGCAUGGGUACUAUCGGUGCCGGUCGUGUUCUCACUUCCGCAAAGGAUCUGCCCGCUUUCAAAGAGGUUCCUCAAUUAAUGAUCCUGACGACAGCGUUGCAAGGUCUGAAAGGUAAUCUUGACAUGUGCCUGGCGUCGCGUUUGUGCACACAAGCGAAUUUAGGCAACAUGACGAGCCGGCGGGAGAUCGCCAAGAUGAUCAUCGGAAACAUCGCUUUGGUACAAAUUCAGGCGAUCGUCGCAGCCAUGUGUCUGUCGCUGUUCGGCAUGGGAGUGGGCACUCUCAAUGAGAACGGAGCCUGGGCCUGGGAUCGGGCGCUGUUGCUCGCGGUAUCCUGCAUGUGCACGGCGACCAGUUCCUGCUUUAUCUUAGAUUUUGUCAUGAUCGCCGUAAUCAUGAUAUCUUAUCGAUACAAGAUGAACCCAGAUAAUGUGGCGACUCCAUUGGCUGCGUCCAUCGGUGAUGUUGUAUCCAUCAGUAUACUCUCCGUGAUCGCAUCGCAAUUCUUUUUGAAGCUUAACAACGAAAUAUGGGUGUUAUACGUCGUUCUCGCGAUCUUCGUAGUGCUCUUGCCAGUUUGGAUUUUGAUCGUAUUGAAGAACAAGUACACGAGAAGUGUAUUGAAAUCUGGCUGGGUUCCGAUUCUGUCAGCGCUUUUGAUUAGCGGCGGGGGCGGACUGGUGCUCGAAAAAAUGAUCGACAUGUACGAAGGACCGGAAGUAUUUCAACCGGUUAUUAACGGAAUUGGCGGCAACCUGGUGUCGGUGCACGCAUCUCGAAUGUCAACCAUGUUACAUCAGUCAUCUAUUAUGGGAAUUUUGCCGCCGCAUGGCAAAAUUUGGGUGUUUCCGUGGACAGCGCUUUUUGUUGGAUCGCCGUAUGCUAAGGUCGCCAGAUUGCUAGUCGCCUUGGCGAUUCCUGGUCAAUUGGUCUUCGUCUUUAUUGCCGAUGCGUUGAAUCCAGGCAAUUGUACACUACACGUGUAUUUUGUACUUUCCUACAUAAUCGUUUCCGUAGUCCAGGUAAUGAUUUUGUUGUACGUCGCGCACAUAAUUAUUCACGCGAUGUGGAGGUUCAAAAUUGAUCCUGAUAACUCGGCAAUUCCGUAUUUGACAGCACUGGGCGAUCUCAGCGGAUCGUUACUCCUAGCGUUGGCUUUCUUCUUCAUGGACAAAAUUAAUCGACCUUACUGCACCGAGUAAUAAAUCUGAUAUAUAUAUAUAUAUAUACGUGCAUAUAUAUAUAUAUAUAUAUAUAAGUUUUUUGUUUUAAUUUACAUCAAAAUAAUAGCGCACGAGAAGCUUGUAGAUCCACAUUCGUACUCGUGAUUGAUUUAGAAGAUCAAUAUUUUAAUUUGAAUCACGUCUAUGAACAUACGGAUUGUCUUAAUAAGAUAAAGGUCUUAAAAACACAAGAAUCAUUAAACGCUCGCAUCGGCAAGAAAAUUCCCGUUUUCAUGACGUUUACCUAUUCAAUGUGUGACCGUAUUCGAGAAACAAAAAGUCGCAAGAGACAAUGGCCAGACACAAAACAGAAGACGAGAUACGAUCAAAGAAAAUUAGAUAUUAAUAUACACAAUUUUAAAAGAUACUUGUUGUGAUACUUUUUUUAAUAUGAAAAUAUACGAAUGCGAAAUAAAAGUUGUUUAAUAAAAGUUGAUGAUUGCGUCUUUACUUUGUGAAGCACAAUUUUUUUUAGUACGCGUGCACAGGUCUUUCUCGUGCGGACAGAUCACCAGACUAGUCGAUUUAGUGGCAAAGAACAUAUUUUUAGAGAGAAGCCGUUUCAUAGUAUUUAUCUCUAAAAUAUGGGAUCAAAUUGCCUCUAAAUCUUGAAUUUCAUAUCAUUUUUCGUGUCACGUUUAUUUCCAAGGCUUAUCAGUUUUAAUAUGAUUUAAAACACGGACAUAAAGUUACAAUCGUUUUUAUUUACAGUCUAGUAUUUCGAAUUUAUUAUUAGAAUUAAAUGCAAAUAGGAUCGAUUAUAUACAACUUACAGACUUUAAAAUAAGGGUCAAUUUACACUGCGUGUGUGUCUCAGGACAAAAAAUCGGAUGUUUAUCAAUCGCUCACACGCACAUGUACAGAGUGUCCGACAAUUACUUUAACAUCUCUUGUAGGCAGGUAGAAGAAGUAAAACUGAGUCGAAAAGUC